UCAGUCGGGUGAUGUUUGGAAGCACGAACGAGCCGAACCCUUCCGCCGCUACCAUACGCCGGUUAUUAUAAAAGGACUCGUCGUGCAUCGUCCCUGUUGGAAGGAUUAUCUUCGCAUCAGCGAACCAAGUCGAAGCAAAGAUGGUGUCUUUCUCCUCUUGUCUCCGGGCCUUGACCCUCGGGUCCUCAGUUCUCGCGCUCCAGCCUGUCCUUAGACAGGACACCGGUCUCGAUACCUGGCUGAACACUGAAGCGAAUUUUUCUCGCCAGGCAAUCCUGAACAAUAUUGGCGCAGAUGGCCAGUCGGUGCAGGGCGCAAGCGCAGGUGUGGUGAUUGCAAGCCCGAGCAAAAGCGACCCGGAUUAUUUCUAUACCUGGACCCGGGACUCAGGUCUCGUCAUGAAAACCCUUGUCGAUCUGUUCAGAGGCGGAGAUGCCAAUCUUCUCCCUAUCAUCGAGGAGUUCAUUAGCUCCCAGGCUCGUAUCCAAGGCGUUUCAAACCCCUCUGGUGCUCUGUCUAGCGGGGGGUUGGGAGAGCCCAAGUUCAAUGCCGAUGAGACGGCAUUCACAGGCGCAUGGGGUCGGCCGCAGCGUGAUGGACCAGCUUUGCGAGCGACCGCUAUGAUCUCAUUUGGAGAAUGGCUAAUUGAAAACGGGUAUACAAGCAUCGCAACGGACCUGGUUUGGCCUGUUGUUAGGAAUGAUCUAUCCUACGUGGCCCAAUAUUGGAGCCAGUCUGGGUUCGACCUCUGGGAGGAAGUCCAAGGAACAUCAUUCUUUACUGUCGCAGUUUCUCAUCGCGCCUUGGUUGAAGGCAGCAGCUUUGCAAAGAGUGUCGGUUCCUCGUGCUCCUACUGUGACUCACAAGCACCCCAAGUCCGAUGUUAUUUGCAAUCUUUCUGGACUGGGAGUUACAUUCAAGCUAAUUUUGGUGGCGGGCGAUCGGGCAAAGACAUCAAUACUGUCCUAGGCAGUAUCCACACGUUCGAUCCCCAGGCGACGUGUGACGAUGCUACCUUCCAGCCUUGUUCGGCGAGAGCCUUAGCCAACCAUAAGUCGGUAACGGACUCGUUUCGCUCGAUCUAUGCCAUCAACGCCGGUCGCGCUGAGAACCAAGCUGUUGCUAUUGGUCGCUACCCUGAAGACAGCUAUUACAACGGGAAUCCCUGGUUCCUGGCUACCUUGGCCGCUGCAGAGCAGUUGUAUGACGCGCUGUACCAGUGGGAUCAUAUUGGAUCGUUAGCCAUCACGGAUGUUUCUCUGCCGUUCUUCAAAGCCCUGUACAGUUCUGCCGCGACAGGGACCUACGCAUCGUCCACGACGGUGUACAAAGAUAUUGUCAACGCUGUCAAGACCUAUGCAGACGGAUAUGUGCAAAUUGUCCAAACCUACGCUGGCUCUACCGGCUCGAUGGCUGAGCAAUUUACCAAGACGGACGGAAGCCAGACCUCCGCCCGCGACCUUACCUGGUCAUACGCUGCACUUCUUACGGCUCAUAACCGAAGAAACGCGGUUGUCCCUGCACCGUGGGGCGAGACCGCUGCCACCAGCAUUCCGUCGGCGUGCUCCACGACUUCCGCCUCAGGCACCUACAGCAGCGUGGUGAUCACCUCCUGGCCGACCAUUAGCGGAUACCCAGGCGCGCCAGACACUCCUUGCCAGCAGCCGACGACUGUGUCGGUGACCUUUGAUGUGACAGCUACUACUGUCUACGGUGAGUCGAUCAAGAUUGUGGGGUCGAUCUCUCAGCUUGGGAGCUGGGAUCCCAGUAGCGCGAUCGCAUUGAACGCGGAUCGAUACACUACAGAUAAUCCCUUGUGGACGGGGACAGUGAACUUGCCCGCUGGGCAGUCGUUCGAGUAUAAGUUUAUUCGCGUUCAGAAUGGCGCCGUUACGUGGGAGAGUGACCCUAACCGAGAAUACACUGUUCCUUCGUCUUGUGGCGUGAAAAGUGCUGUUCAGAGCGAUGUUUGGCGGUGAUUAUCAUCUCGGGGGUGACGACGAGGAAUCGCUACAUGGCAUUUGUAAUGUGACGCUAUACUAUAAUAUCUAGUACUAUAUCUGUUUUAUGAUAUAGAAGCUCGAAGCCAGUGGAAGCAAGAGAACAAUGGAGACAAGAUAUGGUUAGUGUCCGAUGGAAUCUCAUGACAUAGAUCUUAAGAAACAGUACCUACAGAGAUGUGUCAGAUUACCCUU